AUGGUCUUGAGGAUUAUUGGAAAGAUUUUUGCAUUGGCUGUUGAAAGCACAAAGCUUGACGAAGUUGACGAGGCGGCAAAUGAAAAGGAAGAGGGUAAUGGGAUGAUGGGGGACAUCGACUGCAAUCAUGACAUUCGGAUUCAUGAAGAUUUGGGCCAUGUAUGCCGUGUGUGUGGUAUGAUUGUGAGAAGAGCUGAUUCAAUAAUUGAUUGUGAAUGGAAAAAGUUUUGUCAUGUGAAAAUUCUAAGCACAAGCACCAAGUUGGGUGUUCUUUUUUUGGCAAAAGGCCUGGUUGUCAAUUUUAAUUCUUCACUUCUACAUGUACCUUAUAGUGUCAAGUUUUGA